AUGGCUGAGAGGAUUAUAGUGUGUGAAAUGACUGAUGAUAUGAGGGAUGAUGCAAUUAAAGAAGCAAGGCAUGCAGCUGAACAAAAGGAAAGUGAAAAGGAGAUUUCGCGAGCCAUAAAAAAAUUCUUUGAUAAUAAGUACUCCCCAUGUUGGCACUGUAUUGUGGGUAAAAGUUUCAAUGCUUAUGUCUCUUAUCAAACUAAACACUUCAUUUUCUUUUAUGUCAAGCAGAUCGCGGUUCUUUUAUACAAAAUGGGGUAA